AUGAAUGACUUAAUUAAAAUCGUAGAAAAAGAAGUUAAAUCUGCUACAGAUUUGAUAGAAGUAGAAACAUUUAUAAGAAAAUUUAUUUAUAACUAUUAUCAAACAAACUAAUUGGCUGAUUAAUUAGCAAGAGUUUGUGUAUAUGAAAAAAUCAAUUCAGAUAAUUAAAUUACAUUAUAAGAAGGAAUAUACUUCAUAGUUGCUGGCUAAUAUUAAUUACCAAAAAGAUUUAUUAAAAUACCUAAUUUCUUAGUUAUUCCAUCACAUGAAAAAGUUAUAAUUUUUGCUCUUUCUGAUGUUCAUCUUUUAUCAAUUAGAGCUAAUUUUAAUUAAUAUCUAUGUCAAUUAAAAGAGUUAAGAACAGAUAUAAUAAUAGAGUUUUUAAGAAAAACCCUUUUCCCAAAUUUUCCUAGGAAUAGUGUAGAAAGAAUUUCAAAACAUUUUUGUUUGAUAUCUCUUCCUUUUAAACAUGUAAUUUAUAGGGAAAAUGAAGAAAGCAAAUUUGUUUAUUUGAUUAGGGAAGGAGAAAUUUAAGUAAUUUUAGAACUUAAAUUGAUAGCUAUAACGAGAUAAGAAAUAGUUAAAAAUAUUAGUUGAAAAUUAAAUAUUUGGAGAAUAUGAAGUAUUUUUUAAUAGAGUAAGAUUUACAAAAGCAAUGAGUAAUUCUACUGUGUCUCUUUUAGUGAUUAAAGCAGAAAUAGUAAAUAAUCAUAUAAUAUAAAGAGUUUUUAACUUUGUUAAAAGAAUAUCCCAUAUUAAAAUAACGUUUGUUAUGCUAAAGUGUUCUGAGGUAUGAACAAAUAUAUUAUUAACCAAAUUCAAUUGAAAAAAAUAAGAAUAGAAGAUAAAAUAAUAGUUUAUUAAAAAGAUAGAAAAAAGCAUUAAGAAGUCUCUCUCCAUAAUAAGAUUGUAUAUAAAUGUUUGAGAUGUCAUAAUAAAUAUAAAAAGAAAGAGUUAGAACUGGAUACAAAGCUGUUCCUUUAUUUUUUAAUUAUAAAGUAUCUGUUGUCGAAAAAUGUACAACUACACUAUAAUCUCCUCAAUCUUCAACAGUAAUAAAAUUGUAUUAAUUUGAAAUAGAAAAGAAAAUUAGAAACUACAAAUAGUGAAUUAUAAUUUAGAUCUUAAAGUCCAGCAAAUAGUCAGAGAGUCUCAAAAAUAAUCUCUAGUAAACAUAAUAUGUUCAGAUAAUAACCAAGUAGAGAAUUCUUAUUAUAAAAUUUCGUGAAUUAAUCGAAACCAUCAUUUUGA